UCCCUCUGUCCCAUUGUUAACAAACAAAAUCGGACGUAUAAUUUCCGCAUUGAUAUAUACAAAACCAUUUAUCUCUCCGUCCUUUUCUCGCACAUUCCAUUUCCUGCUCUCAACAAACUUACGAAAAUUUUCCUCUCUGCAAAUGCAUCCCAAUAGACCUCCUAAACCCAUUACUCUUUCCUUCUUUCAAAUCCGGCGUUAAACCAAGUUAAACAACACAACGAACAGAGGAAGAAGAAGAAGAAUAAAAAAAGAUGGGCAAAGCUUCCAAGUGGUUUCGCAGUAUCCUUGGCCUCAAAAAGACCGACUCCCAUCACCAAUCUCCUUCUUCCAAACCUCCCCAUAAAGACAAACGCCGUUGGAGUUUCGUCAAAUCCUACCGCGAGAAGGACUCCUCCGCCACACCCACUACCAAACACGUCUCCACGAACUGCUGCGGUAACAGUAAUGCGAGGUCGUCGUCGUUUCUGUACGGUCGUCAGCAGCAGCAACAGAAAGAUGCUGUUUCUCUUGUUGACGUGAACGGUGAGUGUGAAGUGGUGGAUCCUAACAAGCACGCCAUCGCUGUGGCUGCCGCUACUGCCGCGGUUGCCGAAGCGGCGGUUGCGGCUGCUCAAGCUGCCGCGGCGGUGGUUAGGCUGACCAGUAGCAGUGGUAGGUGCGCGCAUGAACCGGCGGCUCACAUUAGCAGCAGCAGCAGCUGUGGGGCACGCGAGGAGAUUUCUGCGGUUAAGAUACAAUCUGCAUUUCGUGGAUACCUGGCAAGAAGGGCACUGCGAGCAUUGAAAGGAUUAGUGAGGCUUCAGGCAUUGGUUAGAGGUCAUAUAGAGAGGAAGAGAACUGCAGAAUGGCUAAGUAGGAUGCAAGCAUUAUUGCGAGCACAAGCACGUGCUCGUGCCGUGCGGGCCCAAAUUUCCGAGUCUUCACAAUCAAGCAGUAAAUCAUCUCAUUUCCACCAUCCGAUUCCAUCGACGCCUGAAAAAUUCGAACAUCCUAUUCGAUCUAAGAGUUCAAAAUAUGAACAAUCAUCAAUGCUGAAGAGAAAUGGGUCAAAGUCAAGUGGAAGGACUCUUGAUAAUCAUGAUAAAAUGCGCCCAGAUUGGAAUCAAUCAGACUGUCGGAUUGAUGGACAAUCAUGGGGCCAACGAGGGCAUUCAACAAGAAUUGGUCCUAUGGAUGAUGAAAAGAAUGACAAAAUUCUAGAGGUCGAUACUGGGAAACCGCAUUUGCCCUCUAAUCGCAGAAACCUAUUUCACUCUACACAUCUUGCUCUGAACUCUGAUCUAUAUAGUUAUAGUUUCACGAAUUCUAGAGACUCACACCAAACAGCUCCAAGUUCUUCAUUUGGUGAAGUACAGUCUUUAAGUCCGUUGAAAUUCUCUCAUGAGGUCGAGGAGAGCCCUUCAUGCGCCGCUAAUGAUAGUCCCCAAUUCUAUUCUGCAUCAUCAAAAGGGGGUAGUUCUAAGAGAAGCCCUUUCACACCUGCUAAGAGUGAUGGCUCAAGAAGCUAUCUAAGCGGUUACUCAGACCAUCCAAAUUACAUGGCUUACACUGAAUCUUCAAGGGCUAAGGUGAGGUCUCUCAGUGCUCCAAAACAAAGGCCCCAGUGCGAGAGAUCUAGUUCAACAAAGAGGUAUUCCAUUCAUGGUUUUGGUGAAUUGAAAUCAAACACACAAAGGUCUGCUUUGCAUGCAAACUUCGCCAGCAAAGUAUACCCUGGGUCAGGUCGCUUGGACAGGCUUGGAAUGCCCGUUGGAUAUAGUUACUGAAUAAUGGUUUCAAGAAUGUCCCUAGUAAUAAUUUGUUUGUCUAAUAUACAUUGCUAACUAAUGUGCUUAGUAGUUUUACCUUAUGCUUUAGGAUUGUUUAGCUUUUCAUUCUUAGGUUUAAUGAUGAUGACUCUGACCUAGCUCUAUGACAACUGUAGCCAUCUUUAUGUUUUAGUGCAUGUGACAAACAACUUCCAAAGACUAGCUACUCAAACAGUGCUUUACAGGAAGUUUACUUAUGAAGGGAUUAAAUGGGGUUUAAUCAUAAUUGUCACUUUGUCCUUUUUUAUCUUCCUUUUAAUUAAAAGUAAGUCAGGUUAUUCAUUCCUGCUUGUGACUCCUUAUGCAAGUUUUGCAUGUUGACAAAACUCAAAAAGUUGAAAUCCUGAAAAGUUACAUUAACAUGUGAACCGCAUCUGGCUUCCCACUUUCACCACUAUAAUCUCCUUUUGCAACCUUAAAGUUGUUGAACGUUUGUUGUUGCUUCUCGAAUUUGUGCAUUUAUACAUUGAUACAAGCGGUGAACUCUAAACUUUUAGUUCUAAAUUUUGUAGAUUUGUCCUUUUCAAAUUGCAAGAACCUAUUGGAAAGUAGGUAAAAAAACUGAACUUACGAAGCAACCGGGGUUUUCAAGAUGCAUGCCCCACUUAGAUUACAUAGAAAAGUUUAUUAACCGGAAGAUUUUGGGAUAGAUGAUAUCGGUGGGAUUACCAUGUUGACCUAAAAGCUUACUCGGGUUAUGGAAAUACUGUAUCGUAUGCAGAAGUCAAAAAUAUCUUGCAAUCGAUAAGCAGAAGUGUCACGGGUCGAGACUUAAAUUUCGAACUCACGCGAUUUUGAGAUUCGAGCAUUCACCCUUUCGACGUCUCGAAUCAGUCUGACCGUCACGGUUCACACCCUUGUGAGAUAUUAUCCGCUCUGACCCCCUUGGUCUCAUAAUUUUAUCCUACAAAAGACGCCUCACAAUGCAAAGUGGUGUGAACCCUUCUAUACCUCAGUGACCCUCUUAUUAUAUUCGAUGUGAGAUUCAAGACUCUUCUUUAGUUCCGUGACAUUCCCCCGCACUCAACUUUGUGACACCCUCGUCACGGAGGUUGAUCAUCCUGCCUGCCUCCCUUGAGGUGUUUGACGUGGAUCGAACGGUUUAGGACACUUUGUGACACUCUCAUCACGGAGGCUGAUCAUCCUGCCUGCCUCCCUUGAGGUGUUUGACGUGGAUUGAACGGUUUAGGGCUGAUUUUGAUACCACUUGUCACGGGUCGAGACUCUAGUUUCGAACCCGCGCGACUCCGGAACCCGAGCGUUCACCCUUCUGACAUCUCGAAUCAACCUGAUCGUCACAGUUCACAUCCUUAUGAGGUAUUAUCCGCUCUGACUCUCCUAACCUUACAAUUUUAUCCUACAAAAAACGUCUUAUAAAACAAAAAUGAUGUAAAUCCUUAUAUAUCUCAAUAACUCUCUUGUUAUAUUGAAUGUGAGAUUCAAAAUUCUUUUUUAGAUCCUAAAUAGAGGCAUUGGGGCAGGCACCUAAUGCCCUGUAACCCAUGAAUUGACACUCACCAAGUGCCAAUGUAUUACUCUAUGUGCCGCGUGGCAAUGAUCAUAUCAGGGUUGCUCAAA